UUCCUCAGUACCGGACUUUCGUCCCAACUGAUUAUUGUUGUCUGCAAGACUAGUAUAAUAAUUGCCAUAAUUCUGGUGUUUAGACUCGCGUUUGGAGCGGCACAUCACCAUGCAUCGGCCAGCGUUGCACAUAAUUGUUAUGACUGCCGCAGCAGCAGCAGCAGCAGCAGUCAGCUGCGUAGUGGCUGAACACAGGCUUCACGAAGCAAUGUCACAAAAAGAACAUGGAAUGUUUUUCAGCGGUGAAGAAGAUGCUGAGUAUGACCUAGUCACACCGACCUCAAGAGAUGCAGAGGGACAAUACCUAUCGCACAACCUCCUGCCCGACGAGGAGCUGCUGACUCGGCGUCGAAAGCGUCGUCAUGCCGACAACGACGACGAAGACAAAACGUUCAUACAUCUCAGUGCCUUUGGCGAAGAUCACCACAUGGAGCUGCGGAGAAAUCGACAGAUGUUCCACGAGAACUUUGCCAUCAACAUUCACGACCAUGAUGGUGACAUGAGAACGUUCACGCAUGCAACUGAUUGCUUUCACCAUGGUAACAUACAGUCUCAUGACGACUCAGAAAUUGCAAUGUCCAACUGUGAUGGCGUUCUGAUGGGCACUAUCAGAAAGAAGCGUGAAAUCUACCAUGUCCACCCUCUUUCGGAUUCUCUCCAAUCCCAUGCCACACACAACCCGGAUGGGCAUACCCACAUUGUCCAUCGUGUCCGUGAGAAGACAGCCAAGGAGCCGGGCCACAACAACAAUGCUGAGCAGCUCAGGAAGCGCUCAAAGCGCCAGACAUUGCCAGAAAUGCCAGCACACAAUGUGACUCAGCACUUCUGCCAUGAAGAUGGCAAGAUUGAACCACCCAUGAGCAGUGCUAGUGUUUUGCAGCAACGUAUGUCUGUGGACAUGGGUGACAGUCUGGUUCUAAACGAGUUUCAGAGACAGGCCGCUGCAUCACGCGAGUUCCUUAACAACUUCAUCCAUGCAGCCAUCAUUGCAGAUCACACAAUGUUCGAGAAAUAUGAUGGAGAUGAAGGGUUCCUUUCUCGCUAUCUGUUGACAAUGUUCAACAUGGUCAAUCUCAUCUACCAACCUGAAAAGUCAACAUAUGCCGUGUAUGUUGUGCUUAUCAAUCUCAGAAUCCUUACUACAAGACAGGAUAACCUUUACAUCACUCAGGAUUCUCGUCGGCUUCUGAAAAACUUUUGCAACUACCAGCAAUCGAUUAAUCCCGGUAUUGGGCAUGCACAUCGCUGGAACCAUGCCUUCCUUGUCACUGGGUAUGGCUUGUGCUUUGGCCAGGACACAGAUUGUGGAGAAUUGGGUCGUGCUCCGAUUGAAGGUGUCUGCACACCAGAUAGAGAAUGUUCUGUCAACAGAGAAGGAGGUCUUAACACGGCAUUCGUCUUGGCACACGAGCUCGGUCACAAUGUUGGUAUGUUUCACGACGGUCAUCCCACGGAGGCAGGCUACUGUCCUGCUAGUGAUGGCUACUUGAUGAAGUCAUCCACUUCCGAUGCACCACGUAUCUGGACGUUUUCCUCGUGUAGUGUUGCUCACUUGAGACGAUAUCUGAGGAGUGAAUACUCUGCCUGCAUGGAUAAGGGAAAUGCUGGCGCAACUAUUGUCCGUACUUUGCAAAACAAGCUGAAGACGCAGUGCCGCAUACCAGCUGGCCAGCUGUUUGACCGCAACGAGCAGUGCCGUGUGCAGUGGAGGCACACCAAGCAUCAGUACCGUCCUGGCCACCAGUUCAAGUUCUGCGAUCGCACCACGUACGGACGCGAGGACAUCUGCAGGCACUUGUACUGCGACGACGGGCGGUUGGAUCGUGGCUGCUGGAGCACAUACACGCCUGCCAUGGAUGGCACAGUGUGCGGCUACAACAAGGUCUGUUGGAGAUACAAAUGCGUUCCAGCUGAGAAGAUGCUUGUGGAGGGCAACUAUUGUCCCCCAGAGCUGCCGGCCGGAAACGUUGUAAGAGAUAUCCAACCAUUCAAUCCACCUGCGACGACCCGGCCCCAGGUACCAGCAACAGAACCACCACCAGUUCCGGUUAACGGCGGCUGGAGUUUCUAUUCAGCUUUUUCCAGGUGUUCAGCCACCUGCGAUGGUGGUGUGCAGUACAGACAGCGUGUUUGCAAUAACCCAACACCUCAACAUGGUGGCAGACCUUGUGAGGGCAGCGAUCGCAUGUACCAAGUGUGCAAUGCUGAUAAACAAUGUGCCGGAGGCCUAAGUUCUCGUGAGAGUGAAUGCCGGAACAUUGGCUCCGGUUGGCACGAGUCUCGAAAUGCACAAAACGAGAAGGCGUGUGCGUUAUACUGCGAGAAUCGUAACAUCGACGGCAGCGUGAGGCGUCGUUUCCGCCGCAGCUCUGCAGUCAGGGAGGGUACACUGUGUGUGAACAGUGCCGGUUAUGAUGGUCGUUGUAUUCGGGAUACCUGCAUGCGUGUUGGAUGCGACAACAUUAUCAACUCCACUGCUGUAGUGGAUGGCUGUGGUGUGUGCAAUGGAAGAGGUGACAGCUGCAAGGUGUUCUCUGGUGGCAUCCGCAAUGCCUUCACUACUUUCGGUUUCCACCCAGUCCCACUCCGAGGAUCAGGCAAUUCCAUCCUGAAUGGAUCAUGGGACAUCCAACUUAAUCUGACGAAUACCAACCGGGCUUCACUGAUGGUUCUGAGAGACAACGUAGCUGGCAAGCCGCAAAGAACAUACUUUCUUCAUGGCCCUGGAACUGCGAUCCGGUCUGGCUCCUUCGCUUUCUCUGUCGCCGGAACCUUUGGCGUGUACCAUAGCCAACCGAACAGAGUGCAGAAAAUUGAGAUCAAAGGCAAAAUCAACGUCCCACUCGUCCUUGAGCUGCUGUACUGGCCAACAAGGGGACCGCCAAACAAUGUUAUCUUCAGCUGGAAGUCACCAGUUCUGCCGCCGAGCGAAAGAUUCGAGUGGAAAGAAGUGCGUGAUUACGGUGACUGCAGUGUGACCUGCGGCACCGGUGUGCAGCGCAAGAGAGUGCGCUGCCUAAACAAACAAACCGGCGGCUACACCAGUGACAAGAGGUGCGAAAGAGCUGGUCUGGAGAAGCCACUGGAGCAUCGCGAGUGCAUGAGAGCACCAUGCAACACUGUCACUGUGCUACUGGAGUCGCAGCAACAGCAGUGUAAUACUUGCAGUGGACAAGUGAAGACGAUGAAGUGUGUCGCGGUCAAUCCCCAGGAUGGCACCACCACAACCGUUGCACCUAGGCUCUGCAAUCGCAUGGAGCGUAUGGCAAUGCUAGAAGAAUGCACCCAAACCACGUGCGAGCCACGGACACAGUACUGCCAUCCCGACACCCACCCAAUGUGCAAGUUUUACGAGGGAAAGCCCUGUCCGCCCGACCUCAUGCAGAUCUGCUCGCAGACUUGCAGCGCCUGUAACGUCAUGGUGGGGAAAUGAUUCGCCUGUUCACAAGGUAUAGGUACCACUAAAUUCUGAUGUAUCAAUUCUUCAAAUCUUCAAAUGUCUACUUUCUAUCAAACCCAUUAUUCACAACGUAGUGACUAAUUUUCUUAAUCUGAGUAUAUUCAUCAAUUUACCAUUAUUUUGUAAUGCGCGAACGUUUUAUUCAUAUGAUCCCAAAAUUUCCUCACACAAUCAAAAAAUAUUUUUUCAUAUUAUCACAAUUAUUAUGCCAUCACGACGGAAUUCCGUAAAAUAUAUUCCUACACUUGA